AUGUUUUCUUUCUCAUUUCAUUCCUCCCUAAGUCACUCUUCUAACCGUCCUUUCUCUUUCUCUCCUUAUUUUCUUCCCACUCCUCAUUCCUCUCUCUCUCUCUCUCUCUCUCUCUUUUCCUCCUUUUUUUGUAAAUUAUCACCCUUCUUUUUCUCCUUCUUGCACUUAGUCUUCUUCUUGUUUGUCUUUUUAUUUCUCUUCUUACUGACUUCUCUCUUUUACUCCCUUUCUAUUUCACCUUCUUUACUGACUGAAUUUUACUCCCUUUUAUUUCACACUGACUUCUCUUUUACCCUUUCUAUUUUCACCUUAAUCACUGACUUCUCUUUUACUCCCUUUCUAUUUCACCUUCUCUUCUUACUGACUUCUCUCUUUUACUCCCUUUCUAUUUCACCUUCUCUUCUUACUGACUUCUCUCUUUUACUCCCUUUCUAUUUCACCUUCUUCUUCACUGACUUUCUUCAUUGA